UCUUGUUGGUGCCGCGACUGACUGACCAGUGUCUUCUCCUUCUGCUCGCUCGUCCGCUCCAGGGUUGCCGGAGGAGAGAGGAUGGGGCGCGGGAGGGUGGAGAUCAAGCGGAUCGCCAACGACGUCUCGCGGCGGGCCACCUUCGGCAAGCGCAGCGCCGGGCUGCUCAAGAAGGCGCGGGAGCUCGCCGUGCUCUGCGACGUCGACCUCGGCGUCCUCGUCUUCGACGGCGCCGGCGCCGGCAGGCAGCUCGACUACUGCAGCCCCAACACCAGUUGGAGUGACUUAAUCGAGCGCUACGAGAGCAUAAAUCAUGGUGAAUAUCAGAAACUGUUGGCGGAUAUCGCAACGUUGAGGCAUGAGCGUGACCACCUGGAGGCCAGCGUGAGGAGGCAGGCCGGAGAAGACCUGCCCUCCGGCGCAACCGCGGCAGAGCUCCGCGAUCUGGAGCACAAGCUAGAGUGUGCACUGGGUAAAGAUAAACUGAUGGAGGAGCAGUUGGACGAAUCACACCACAGGGUGCACAUCCUGGAGGACCAAAACAGCUUUCUUCGCCACAUGGACAUGAUGAGCGAGGAGGGGCGGCAACGUGCUGCCGUGGAGGCGUCAGCGGAGGUGUCGGAGCUCAUAGCGCCGGUGCCACCGGGAACGCUGUUCGGGGGAUUCUUCCCGGAGUUGGAGGAGGAGGAAGCAGCGACGACCAUUGUGUACUGUUAUUUUCCAGAUUGAUGAGUAGAAGGAGAUGACAGACUGACGGAACUAGACGGAGGUUAAUUUUAGCUAUUGAAGAAUCUAGCCAGUAAAACUUACUAGUAGCAGGCCAGUAGUACUUACUUUCUGAGGCCAUAUGUAUAGUUAACAAGCAGUAGCAGACGCCAGUGUUUUGCCAACGCCAUAUGUACACGCAUGUGUCCCGUUUUGGCUCCGCAUGAUUUCCCGUGUGGGUAGCACUUCCGCAGCUGCUAUCACGCUGGUUCAUAUGAAA